UUAGUCAUUAGCAAUGUCCUUCUGCAAUGUCCACGGUUGCGAUGACACAGAGGAGAGGCCUUUGUUGCCCACAGAAAUGUCAGACUCAGACUCACGUGCUUCAGAAGACUCAGGCAUCGUCGCACGGUGCUGCGAUUUCACAAAGCGGCGAUCUUCGUUGAUUUCACCAAUCGAAGUUGCAGAAAUCGCGCGAGUAUCUGAGCGAAUCCCCCCAUGCUAUGACUAUGAUGGUGAAGCGAUCGAUUAUUUUUCCCAGGAGGUUGGGCCAUCUAUUCCGCUUUUGUGGAUGCUGAACGUGGCCAUGUUGCUCCAUGUCGCAUUUUUCUUUUUGAUCACUUGGUGUUUCAGGCGAUGCCAUCAGUCGAGCGCCUACCCGAGCAAGCCGAUUUGGGCAUGGGCGGUUGCUAUUUGGCUGUUGCCAUUGCGGCUGGUGGCUGAACACUUUGCCUUGAACUGUGCAUUGCCACCCUAUGUCCGAGAUAUGCUCAAGUACGAGUCUUAUGAGACUGCUCUUGAGUUGAAAAUGUUUGACAUCAGCGGCUUUUCUGUGCCUUCUACCUAUUGGGUUUGCUACUGCCUGAUUCUUACGGCCUUGGAUUUUGCUGACGUCAUUACGGACGUUGCUUAUGCUGGCAGCAUGUCCUUCGGAGGCGUGGAUCUGUGCUCGCAUGGGAACACCAGUGCUCUGUGGAUUCAUUGGUGGCACCACAGUGCGUUUCACUUCUUGGGCAUUCCAUGUAUUUCAUUGGACACAUUGUCACUGCUUGCACUGAUCUUGUCUCUCUUUCAAACAGUGAUCCCACUUGCGACAAUGCUUCGCAAGGGAUUUCCUGACAAACCUGUGAAGUAUGAACGAGGAGAUGAUGGGCAUGCACACUCGUGCAUCACUGGUGGUGAGCUGUACAAUGAUGAUGUCUUUUUUGCUUUGGGAGAAGCUGCCGGACUUGAAUCACUUAAGCAGAUGGCCUUCAAGGUCAAGGUUUGCAACAUCGAGCGCCUAGUGAACAUGAAAAAGGAGUGGAGGAUUAUGGGCUAUGCAGAGCCCCUGAGCAAGCAUUUUGCGGAAAGGUUCUUUCUGUCCUACCUUCUGGAGAACGGCAUCCAGCUCAAUCUGCAGUCAUGGGUCUUGGUCAUCAACAAAGUUCAGGCCCCAUCCAUGCCAAUGAUGCCCAUCCUGUCCGUGGCGCUCAGUUUCUUCAUGAUCGUUUUGAAGUUGCUGGAGGUAAGAAAGUUCAUCUCAAUUUGGCACCACAUUGAAGAAAUUGCCAGUGGGGCAUCGGUGCCAGAAGAGGAGCGGUCAAAGUUUGAAGCCAAAUUACUAUUGUUCCGAAGGCGAGGAGUUGCCGUUGUUUCUGCGACCAUUCUUUUGUUCCUGGCUCUAUGCGGAGCCUGUGUGACCUUGAGUGGCAUCGGGAGGUGCCCAGGUGAAAUCCACACCUGGCAUGGUUGCCUUCACAUUAAAGUCGACAUACCCGCCAAUAGCAGUUGAAAGUAUGGUUCAGCAGUCGCCAAAGAGUGUCAUUCCUGCAAAGCCAGAUGGACGCGCGGUUGCUCGAGGAGAAAA